UGAUACACCGAGAUAGAUAAACAAUAUUUAAUAGUACUGUUUAUUAAUUUUGAUGGAUUAACGUGAUUGAUUUUUUUAAUUUGAAUUGUUGUAUUAACUUUAUGUUGUUAAUUAUUAGGCUUAAUGAAGACCUAAUAUUCAUCUUCAGGUUGAGUCUUGUUUAUCACUGUACAAGUCUCAAAUUUUCAUUAGUUUUCACAAAAUUAAAAAAAAAAUUACAGUUUAAAUCAACUUUCAAUCAACAUUUUAUUGUGACUCCAUGAUAAAUUAUACAUUUGUUGAAAGUUAUAAGGCUUAUUCUAUCUAACGCUAAUAUAUCUUUUUUUAAUUUGGAUAAUCAAUAAUUUUCUCAAUUGUAAGCAGCCUAAUAUAAAUUGCUUAGUACUUCAUGUGUUUAGUAUUUUUAAUACAUGAAUGUUUAUUAAAAUGAUUUAUUUUUCCAAGUUACUACAUUGAUUUUAUAUCUCUUACUAAAAUGCCAUACUAUGUAAAAAUGAUCAAAUUGAAAGUAAAAAAGACAUGGCAUUACUUAAAGUAUUUAUUCUUCAACUGUAUUAAUAAAGAAUGUUUAAGUUGGGAACUAACUUAUGAUUUAUGUUUGACACCAUUAUUUAAAUUUGUUGAUAAGUAUACAUUGAUAUUAAGUAAAGUUAUGGUAGUAUUAGUUGUUAUUUUAACAACAUUUGUAGUAAUUGUUGCAUACUGUGUUGGUCUUCCAUACUGGUGGAAUAAAAAUAGAUUACAUACAGUAUGUUUACUAAUAAUUGGAAAUUGGUUACUUAUAAAUGUUGUGUUUAAUUAUUACAUGGGUGUUGUGACACUUCCUGGUUUUCCAACUUCUAGUACUUUGAUGUUAAAUGAUAUAGUUAUUUGCAAAAAAUGUGAACUGCCAAAACCUCCUCGAACACAUCAUUGUUCUAUUUGUAACAAAUGUAUUCUCAAAAUGGAUCAUCAUUGCCCGUGGUUAAAUAACUGUGUAGGAUUUUAUAAUCAUCGUUAUUUUUUUCUAUACAUGAUAUAUAUGACAUUAGGAACUUUGUUUUUAAUAGUAUUUGGAGCCGAUAUUGUUUUCUCAGAAAUAAUUAAUAAAGAAGAACAGCCAAUUGGUCAUCCAGUUAAAAUCAAUAUUUCAUUGUCAGAGGAUGAAUGGAUUCUUACUGCUCAAGAUGAAUUUUACUAUGAACGUGAUUAUGUGGCUGAAUGGAGAUAUUGGUGCAUAGUUUUUAUUACUUUAUUAGCAUGUGGUGUUUUUAUUGCAUUAGCAAUUUUAUGUUUAUGGCACGGCUUACUAAUAAGCAAUGGUGAAACAAGUAUCGAAUCACACAUUAAUAAAUAUGAAACUGAACGUAUGGCAAUGAUAAAUUUUAAGUAUGUCAAUAUUUAUAAUUAUGGAGUGAAAAUGAAUUGGAAACUUUUUCUUGGUCUUCAUAAUGGAAGGAAUUGGAGACAUGUAGUUUUUCCAUCAACCCAUAAACCCUUGGGAAAUGGGUUUAUUUGGCCUACUUCUGAUGAUAUGAAGAAAGUGUUUUGCUGAUAUAUAUUCAUUCCUAUAAAAAUAAUUUAUAUUAAAAUUUUAAUUAAUAAACAAAAUUUUUAGUUUUUAUAAAAUAUUUUAUAAAAUCUGAAAUUUGCAUGAGAACUACUUUUAUAUCUAGUAUACAACUAUCUAUUUUUCAACUGUAUCUUUCAUCUUCUAAGGGACAAAAUUUCCUUGAAAAUUGCCAUUUUGUCAUCUUUCCCAAGUUAAAGGAUUGGGUUGAAUUUUAAAACUUUGUAACCAAGAAAAUAAAUGGUUCUUAUGAAUUAAUAAGUAUUAAGUAAUACUUAAAGUUUUUGUGUUCAAAAACUUCAACAAAUCAUGCUAAAUACAAAUUUCUAAUCACAACUACAAUUGACAUGCCCACAUGUUUUAGUAUUAUUGACAAUAAAGUGUACCGAAAAAACUAUUGAUUUUGAGAAGUACUAAAUUUGUUAUCUUACCCUAGUGUUAAAUUCUUUAAUUAAUCUUACUCUAGUCUUCAACCUUUUUUUAUUUAUUCUCUCUUCACUUAGAAAAACUUGAAACAUAAUUUUAUAACACAUAAGUGAUACUUGAAAAGAAAUUGGGGCCAAACUUAAAUUAUCUUAAUUCUUAAAAAUGUGUAUAAAACUAAAAUAUAACUUCUUUAUACAUAAAAAAAGGAAAAUAAAUAAAAAUUAUUCACAUAUAACGCUUCAGAGAUAGCAUUGUGCUCCAUAUCGGCGUCAAGGUCACAUUGUCAGCUUCCAU